CUCUGCAAAUGUAAAAGUGAAAACAGCUAGCUCCAUUGGAUCAUUGGAUGUCACAUACACAUACACAUACCACACACACACACACACACACACACACACACACACACACACACACAAUCACCAUCACCACCACCACCACCACGAAAUAAAUGCACUUUACUUAAGUCUUAGGAUAUAAUUUUUUUCUUUAGAAAGAAAUCACAGCUCAUGUGUAGAGUAAAAUUUUCAGUGUGUAAGUAUAUUAUUUUUUACAUUGGUGCCUAACCAUAGUUUAGUUAUUUUGUUCUUUUUGAACCAUUUGCUUCCUGGUCUGCGUGACGGUUAAUGAUUUCAGUUUAAAUUGAUGUGCUUAUGAAAAAUAUGCCUCUAACCUGUAAACCCCAUUUGCCCAAGUACAGAUAACUUCCUGGAAUGCUGGGGGUGUUUUUCAUUUCAGAUAACAAACAUGCCUGUUGUUGCUUCUGCAAACAAGCUGGCUUGCCAUAUACACAGAAUAUGUUCUUGAUUACAAGCAGGCAAUAAUUACAUAGCCUUGUGAGUUUUACCUUUAUGUCUCUCUGUGGAACUGAGAGACAAAAGAUGAGGAAAAAUUAAACUUUAAGGCCUCUUUGAAAAAAUAAGAAACAAAGUAAAAUAUUGACAUUGAACUGUUUACACAAAGGCAGAAAGUACAUAACCUUAAGGUUUGCCUUUAUAAGUUCCUCAUUAAUGUAAUUCCGGGUCAUACUCUUGGGUAUGUUAGGUAUGGAGCUGUCCAGUAUCCAUUAUUCUGGCCAGUAUUAAUAAGCCUGUUAUUAAAAUUUCUUUAUGGUCAGACUGAUAAAUCUCUGAAUGACUUCAGACCCAUAACAGUCUGAAUGCCAUAAACAUACUGGAAGUUAUAAGUAUAGGCAGACACAGAGCUUUUCCAAAUGCCAGGACCACAAAGAGACAACAUCUUUGUAUACAGACCACUGUGCUAUUUUUGUGUUCCAUACUAAUGCCAGACAUUUUUUUUCAUCUUGUUAUCAACUGUCAGGAGUCUAGUCAGCAUUGUGUAAGUUCAAUUUUCUUCAAGACCUUUGCUUUCUAUUUCAUCUCAAUCUGAUAGCUCUAUACUGUUCAGUUUUAAGAAUGACUUCUAAGUCUCCUUCCUUCUGCACCUAAUCUCUUUUUUCUUGUUCCUUUUUUCCCAUUACAGGUCACUGCCUCAUCCUCGAGUGUUCUUGGGUUUCUUUAAUCUGCAUUUGUCCCUGUAACACACUAGCUCCUCCUUAGUUUAUGUGUUCAGCAAAACCCUCCGAGCACCUAUUCCCAUGUUUUUCCUUUCUAGCACCUUUGGAAUCUUAUUCCUUAUCUCCAAAACUGCCCAAAUCAUCUCUUGAAGUCUAAUAGGUGCCAUGCUCAUAAUCUUUGCUUUUCCUCAGAAUGGCCAGUAUUUAUUAUGUGGAUCACGAUGGUCCUGAUUUAAUCUUGUAAGGCUCUGGUAAUUUCUUACUUCAACAUUUAUUUACUGUUUCUUCUUGCCAAAGAGACAUUGACUUUACUUUUGUCUUCCCCCUUUGACUCCUAGUUCCAUGGUAACCUGUUUUAGGUUCUUCAUCUAACUUCCAUAGUCUCUAACUAAAAAACUGAAAUUGUUUGCUAUCAAAACACUUCCUUAUGGAUAUAUUCCAUCUUUUUUACAGUCCAAUAAGCAAGAAUAACCAUAGCUUGAGAUGAAGGUUGGGGAGAAGAGCAAGAUCCAAGCUGGUUUCUUUGUUGAUAAGCCUCUCUUCAGAAGCAGGUACUGGCAAUGUGCUCCUAAGAGCCAUAAUGUCCACACAUGGCAGCAUGAUUUCUCAUAGUCAUCUUUGUCACUGAGCCACUCUUGGAAUUUAGCACAACAGGCUAUCUGUGCAUGCAUGUUGACAGCCCCUAGUCACAAUACCUUACACAAUGUCCUGCUGUGGAAAACUAACUGCCUUGAUAAUAUGCUUUGCACGUUCUACAUGACUUCAUAGACCUGAAAGUGGUGUCAGAUUCCAUUUGCCUAUAUUAUGUUGUUGUGGGUUGUCCUGAUGAUGUUUGUAUUCUGACUGAUUCUGUUUCUUCAAGACAGGUUGUUUCUGACGAGCAGUCCAUCCCAAACUCAAGUGAUCUCAUGUGGACCUUCUCCCCAUUUUAACUGAUCAGUAAAAGCUAGAACCUGUGAUUGGGGAGUAGGGGUGAAAUGUGGGACUGGAGGUCUGAGAUUGGGGCAAGUGGAGAGGAAAAGAGGACAGAAAGAGAGAAAUAGAGAGGACAGAAGAGGAGGAGGAAGCAGUGAAUGAUCUGAACCACGUGGCCAGGAGAAACUGCAAGUAGCAAGGGGUCUUAUAGCUGGGGAAUAGGCUAGUGUAGUGUUAGAUCUGCCCAAUCUAGGCAAAUAGCUUACAAUUAUGAUAAUUGGAUUGUGGGUUUUUUAUACGAGCUUAUUGGGGUUGGGAAUUCUAGCAAUUUUAUGUGGCUUUUUGCCUCUGUAGGAUCACCUGAGGCACGUUCCUACAAAAUGUCAAUCAAGGCAACUGAGUCACAGCAAUGAGAUCUAGAGCUAGAGCAGAAGACAACCAGAGCAUUCUAACACAUAACUUCCCCAGACAUACUGCUGGGGAUCAGUAGUUCAGCAAGACUGCAAGUCCAGCUUGAACUGACCCUUGUCUUUUAUUGCUCCUCUGCUAGUAAAUGUUGUCCUACCUUUUCCAUAAUCAGAAACUGCACUGUGGACAAUCGUGUGAGACACACCCGUAACAUCUACCCUUGACACCCUUCCUAGCCUGUGCAACAGCCAAGGUCAAGACCAGAUUGAGACCCAGUCUCAAAAACAAAACUCACAGUGACUUCAUUUAACUUUCUCCCUCUUUAUUUUCUCUUUAAAAGUUUUUUUUUAAUUUAUUUUACUGUUAGUUUGUACAAUAACAUCUAAAAAUAAUUCAUAGUAUUACCCUAACCUCAUUAAUAAAUUUUCAUCAGUUUAACUGAUAAGCAAAUAAACAAAUAUAAGCUAAAAAUACUACUUUAUCCUUCUUUCUCAAUGUUUCUCAAUACUUUCUCAAGUAUUUAAUCAAUUAUAUCAACUGUUUUAGAGUGCUCUGGAAGGCCAAAAGGCAUUGGAUCCCCAGGAACUGGAAUUAUAGAUAGUUGUGUUCUAAAAGGCAUGAGUGCUGGGAAAUAAACUCAGGUCUUCUGGAAGAGUAGCAAGUACUCUUAAUCACUAAGCCAUCUUACUAGCCCUCUUUGUACUUAUUAAUCAUUUGUACUCUUUUCACCUUGAUUGAAGCUACUUUCUCAAAAGUGGCAUAUUUAAAGAGUUCGCUUCUGAAGUAAUGGCAAUAGGCCUACCCCAUAAUUGGUAAACAACAAGCAUACUUGGGAAAUUAUUCAGAAAAAACAUAACCAACUGUGUUUGGAAAUUGAUGUAAGAGAAUCGACAACCCUUUUUUUUUUUAACAUUGUUAGAGAAAAAUCACUGUAAUUCAGUAAGAACAAUGAGGUUUAGGGGGCAUUUGAAUCACAAUCUCCUUCUCAGCUGCUUUCUGCUAGCUCAGCACAGGGGUGAUUUCAUUCUGAACAAAUACAGCUAAGAACAUGUUUCCCAUGUCUCCAUUUCAUUCCCUUUAGCUGCCAGGUGAGGUGCCAGAUACUGCCAUUUUUUCAGAUACUUUGGCUAGGGUGUUUGUUUGUUUGUUUGUUUUUUGGAACAGGGUUUCUCUGUAUAGCCCUGGCUGUCCUGGAACUCACUUUGUAGACCAGGCUGACCUUGAACUCAGAAAUCUGUCUGCCUCUGCCUCCCGAGUGCUGGAAUUAAAGGCGUGCACCACCACACCUGGCUAGGCUAGGUUUUUAUAAAGGAAAAAUUCCAGCUGCCAAAUUAGCCGGUAUACCCCUAUUUAUUCUUUCUUUCAUCUAUCUACUCAGUGGACAGGCAUAAUGGAGGUGUGUAGUUGCUUAAGCCUAGAUUACAUUCAUGGGAUGAAGAUUGUGCUCUGGAGAGCAAGCCAGAACUGUAGGUUACUAUCUCCUCCCAUCUUUAGAUGCUCCAUCUAAAGGAUAGAGAUAUAAACCCACAGGAAAAUGCCCAUUCCUUUUCCCUAGAAAGAGUGGAGCAGAGACGGCUGAAGUUCUCUACCAAAGAAUUAACUUUAUUUGAAAUGAAGUGUUGGAGAAUUAUAGCCAAGGGUGGCCUUAAAACAAUGCAGGUGUUUGUAGGCAGUGAAAGACAACAAGUUAGGACUUACAGCAGCUUGGCCCAAGAGGACAAGAUAGUAUCAGUGAAGUACUUCUGGAUCAGGGGAUCAGGGCAAUCUUCCAACUACUUCUAAGACAAAGUUCACCUUGAUUGGGUAAAACUCCUACCUCUGGCUUUUUUUUAGGCUCUUCCCAAGUUACCUCUUUUCGCCUCACCUUUCAAACUCAUGUGUAGACGUCCAGUCAUAACUCCUGGUCUUUCACCUAAAUGCUCUCCCCUCCCGGAUCAUCUACUCAGCCCAUUACUCUGCCACCUCUGCUCUCUCCUAUGGGACUUUGAUGACCACUGUCUACCAAGGCCACACACAGUCUCCUGUCCACUGCCAGCCAACACUGGAGACCAAGUCCUUCUAUCCCCUCCAGACCAUCCACCCUCACCAUUCUCUCCAAAAUGGCAGGGCACUUUUAAGGUAAUUCUAAUGACUCGUACAGCUGCUAAGCUUGAGGAACUCUCUUAUUGUAUCCACCUGUCUCAAAUCUUUCACCCCUCCACCAAUCCCAGAAAAAUGAGACUCCACUCCAGCAGCUGUACUCAACCCUGCUGAAUUAUAUAUGGGUUUCUCAUCCAGGGUAGCUCUUACACCUGGAGAUUCAAGGUUCAAGAAACCCCCACUGAUAACAGUCAAAUAGGUCGGUAAACUGCUCCAGACCUGGAUGCCAGGACCUGAUGCAAAUUGUUGUCAUCCCUACCUCCACCAUCCCACCUAAAUAUAUGACCUCUUUGUUUGCUUCUGCCUUGACCUGGGGAAACCCCCACUCAAUUCCCGAUUCGGUGUGCACCCAAAAAUUCAUGAAGGACCAUCUUGAUGUAAUUACAUGAGGUCGUUUAAUUAUGGAGCUCCAGACCGACUUGCAUCCCACACAGGAGAUAACAGAUGUCGGCCACGAGGCUCGAAAGCUAAGGGUUUUUAUGGGGUAAGGGGCUUAGGGGUGUGGAAUUUAGCAUAGUGACACACUAUUGGCUUAUUCAAACAUCAGCAGAAAAAUUACAUGUACGUGCAGGGUGUCAGAGUUCUGUGAGUUGUUGACUCAGUUUAGAUAGCCCUGUUAUGUCCUCACAUUCCUCUUUAUCUUUAAGGUUAAGCUGUUCCCGGAAUGUUUUAACUACGGGACAUACCCAGGUUUGUUUUUCUUUUGUCUCAGCCCCAGGCAGCCUCUAGGCUCACAAACAACCAGCAAUUUCUGAGUACUUUAUAUGACUUACAGGCCUUGAAAUUUCAUCUUUCUUUCAAUACAUAUGUUAGGAUCACAGAACAGUCAUUUCUUCUACCAACAAUGCAAGACCCUCUUCUUCUAUAUUCAAGACCCAUGGAAUCCCAGGUGGGAAACAGGUGUUGUUGGUAAGCUCUACCAUAAAAAAUCAAUCUGGGUCCCCAGUAAUUACUAUUCACAUCCAGAUGUCUUCAGGACAUGUUCUCCUUCCAAAGACAGAUUGAUCCCCUGGCAGCAGUGGUGCUUCAGAACCAAUGGUCUUACAGGGAAAGAAAAUGGUCUUUGCCUUUUCCUCCCAGAAGAAUGCUGCUUCUACGUCAAUGAGUCCGGAAUAGUGAGAAAUAAAAUCUAUCAGCUACAAGCAGACAUCAAAGAACAUAGGAAAGAGUAUAAUGCCUCUAAUUCCUGGGUUUUUGAAAACCCUAUAAUGGAAGAGCAUACUGCCUUUCCUAAACCCACUUCUCAUUUUUCUGGCUUUACUAUUUGCUCACUGCCUCAUUAACCUUGUUGCUCCUCAUCCACAUUCCUCCACAUUAAAAAAAAAAAAAUUCUAACCAAACAAGUACUUAGUUCCCUUUACGGGAUUGCCAAGCAGUGCCCACAGAGGAACCUGAUGAGAAUGACUAUCCAAUGAGCCCCAAUGGUAAGGGUCAAAACUGAUGACAGCAAGAAGCAAUCUAAGAGAUCCUCUGAUGACCCUAUUCCUGGCCCCUCUCUUAGAAAAUCAGAGGUACAUCUAUGGACAGCCAGAAGCGAUGAAAAGCCACUCCUGCGUCCACUGCCAUGACACUCCCAAUACAUCCCUUUGUAGAUGCUUCUUGGCCUGGAUAAAAUACUCAUCUCACAGCCCCUCCUCCUUCUCCCUCUCUUUCUCCUUCUUCUUCUCACAUCCCCUCAGAGACCACCUCUGUCAAUAAAUCCUCCCAUGUGAGACCUGCAGCUGGUGUGAUUUUUCCAGGAUUGUGCCGCAUAUUCUAACAGAGACCUCUGAAAUGCAAGGUAACAACUACUUCUACCUUCUUCUUUUCUUUCUUCUCUUCCUCUUUUUGUUGAGACUGGAUCUCUGUACAUAGCCCUGGCUGACCUGGAAGCCAUUAUAUAGACCAGAUUAAGGUAGUGUGCAACAGCACCUUGAGCAUAUUCUUCUUUAAGAAUUCUAUUGUGGGUAUUCUGUUACAGCCCAUUUUAUUAGAAAUUAGAGGUCUUGCAUGAUCAAUUUUGACAAAGAACUGUUUGCAUUUUCUUCAGGUUGUAAGAACUGUGGGGAAAUUAAAGGUGCCAAUAUCAUCAACCCAGUGAAAGAAAUUUCAAGAGAUCCCACAAUAUGUAGUGCCAGGGAAAUGUUAGUGAUCCCCACGAAUACAGACAGGAUCCAAUCUGAAGCAACUCACAGUAGGGUCUUUAUUUUAUUCAAGAUAGCUCCCCCUUCCCCCAUGCACCACCAUCAUACAGGAUGGUUUUGGUGGUGGUGGAGCCCUGAAUGUCUUUUGCGGCAAGGCUUUAUAGUAAGCAGCAAGCAGGGAGUAUGUGUGCAAGCAUCUAAUUGGAAAGCUACUGUGACCUUUAACAUAAUUGGCUGGUGCUGGGAGUCAUAUCAUAAACUUAAUUUUUGUUCUCCUCUGCAUUGGUGGUCAUUAGGAAUGGGGUGGGCUUGUAACCUGGGCAUACAGGUUUGUUGGGGGAAUAACCUAGAAACACUGGUCUUGUGUUGAGAUUGUAACCUGGAGACUCUGGACUUGUUGGGGAUUAGCCUAGAGACUGGAGCUAGGCUCCAGUUUUUUCCAGGGGUAACUUGGAAACUAAUGCUAGGUACCAGCCUGUUUAAACUUAGAUCAUGUUUUCUAAAAUGGAAUCUGAAUUUAAAAGAUUUGCCACCUCAAAUACAGGCUGAGAUAUUGGUUUUAUCCCUUGACUGCCUCUCGUCAUAUUUACAGGGGAAGCAUGAACAAAAAGCAAAGUAGAGAGAUUAGAAAAAGUGAACUUUGUACAGAAAAUAGUUGUAUAUAAAGCUGUAGCCAUAUUACUAUUGCUGUAAUUAUUUAACAGGUUUCUCUCCUUUCCUCUCCUUUCCCCUUUUCACCCCAUCCCCUAUUCCCCUCUUUCUCCUUUGUUGUCCUGCAAGUAGUAGCUACUCCCAACAUACUCUCUGAAUGCUGCAUGGAGUUCUGCUUCACUGUAAGUCCAGAAACAUCAGUCAAGUGAUAACGGACUAACACCCUUAACAGCACAAGACAAAAUAAUAAAUCUUUCCUCUUUUUACCCCAGGUGUUUAGUGAAUAAUACAGAUAUCUGAUGGCACACAAGUUAGCUACUCUAAAAAGCAAUAAUAAAGGCUUUGCACUAAAUCUUUCAUAACCAAACAAAUAAGCAAGCAAAUAAUAGCAAGCACCAUAGGGUAGGAACUCACUCAUUAUUUGCAUUUGUAUGUAUUUUAAAAAAUAUUUUGUAGUUGCUUUUUUAUAGAAAAAAUGUUUUUGAUAUUUUACAUUUUUUAUUUACUGUUAUUGUAGUAAGGUGUGUGUGAGGGAGAAGAAAAAGGGGAGGGGAGAGGGAAGGGGGAGGGAGGGAGAGAGAGAUUGAGAGCGAGUGAGAGCUUACAAGGUAGGAGGGGGGUGAGAGAGAGAGAGAGGGAGCAAGAGCAUGAGAAAGUGGGGAGAGGUGCAUAUUAUGAAAGGUGCACAGAAGUCAGAGAACCUCUUUUGGGAAUUAGUUCUCCCUAUCCAUCACUGGUUCCAGGGAUUAAAAUCAGGCCACUUUUUUUUUUUUCUUUUUUGUGGCAAGUGUUUUUAACUCUUGGAGCCAUAUCACUGGUCUCAAAGGUAUUUUUAUUUUUAAUAUAUGUGUGUGUAUAUAUAUACAUAUAUAUGUGUGUAUAUACAUAAAACAUACAUAAACAUAACACAAAUAUAACAUUAAGUUAUAUAUCUGACAAGGAACUUAUCCACAAUUAUGAAAAAAUUUAAAACUUUAAAUAAAGCCCUAAUUUUUAACAGGAAAUUUUUGGAUAGUUUAAAAAUGUAAUAGAAUACCUGCAAAAAGCUAAUUUAAAAGUAAAACUUUAAUAUUCAUAUAUCAUACUAGGUAAUUUCAUAACCAACUCAAAACAACUCAUUCAUAUCUUUUUUGAGUGGCUUUUCUGUCAUACAAAGAUACAGUUAAUUUUGAGUUUAUUUUGUGUAUAGCAAUCAAGUAGCACACAUUAAUUCUUUUGAACAUGGGGAUUCAAUUGUUAUUUACUGAAAUAACUGCUAUUUUAAACUGCCCAUUAAAACUGGAUAUGGUAUGAUACCUCUGUAAGCUCAGCACACAAGAACCAGAGGCAGGGUUAUUUCAUGGCCACUCUGAAUACAUAACGAGUCCAAGAAUUAAAGUCAUACAUUAAAAUUUUCAUAAGUUUUCUUUAGGUAUUGAUCCUGCACUGGACAUUCAGAUUCUGUAUCUUAGCUGCUACAAAGAGUGCUUCAGUGAAAUAGAGAGGCAGCUAUUCAAUGUACACAUUUCAUUUUCUUCUGUGUAUCUACAAGAGAUUUUUGUUUAAAAACCCAGACAUACAAGUUGUGUGUCAUACAAUAGAUCUAAGGUACUUUAUGCUAUUUUCCACACAGUCACACGACUUCAAUUUCUACAAACAUUGUUCAGCAAUUCUCUCUACCUUCACUUCCUUUUGAAAACCUGUUGCCUCAGUCAAUUUGAAACAAAUGUGAUGUGUUAGUUUUGUUGGGUUUUAAUUAGCCUUUGGGAAAUUAGUGGAGCUUAACAUUUUUUAUAUAUUUUUUUGUAUUUGUAUGUGUUCAUUUUGCUUGUGGGCUUUGUUCUGUUUUUGUUCUUUGCUGGCACAGUCUCUCUGUGUAGUGCAUGCUGGCUUCAAACCUGAUGGGUGAUCCUUCUUUUUUUAUUGUUUUUUUUUAUUAGAUAUUUUCUUCAUUUACAUUUCAAAUGCUAUCCCCAAAGCCCCCUAUACCAUCUCCCUACCCUGCUCCCCAACCCACCUACUCCUGCUUCCUGGCCCUGGCAUUUCCCUGUAUUGGGGCAUAAAGAAAGUACCCAAAGAGCUAAAGGGGUCUGCAACCGUAUAGGAGAAACAACAGUAAAAACUAACCAGUAGCCCCCAGAACUGUGUCUCUAGUUGCAUAUGUAGCAGAGGCUGGGUGAUCCUUCUGCCUUCACAACCUGAGUACUAGGGCUAUAGGCAUUCAUGAUCAUGCCCAACUGUAUACAUUCUUUUGGAAAGUGUGUGUUCAAGAACACAAUUCACCUUUUUUUUUUCUUAAAAUAUAAGGACAGUUCUAUUAAGUUAAGUAGGACUUGGACUUUGAAUGUCUGAGUAUUGUUCACAAAGAUCUCUCACUUGUAGACCUCUUCUUUUAACUCUUUGUGGUGAAGAGACUUUUCAGCUUGAUGAUCCUAUCUACUUUCCUUCUUGAGUUGCCUACACUUUGGGAAUAAUAAAAAUUACUAGGUCAAUGUGAAGAACCUGUUUGCAUUCUUGUGUUCUAGUAGUCUUAUGGUUAUAUGCCUUAUUUUUACCCAUACUGAAUUAAUUUCCACUUUUGAUGUGAGAAGAUUCUUUUCUUUCUCAAGUGGGUAAAAUAUGCUGCUUAGGAACUAUCUUCAUUUGCCAACUGUUCUUUCUAUACAGUCAACAAUAUCCAGGUCCUCCUCUCCUCUAGGAACUGCUAUCUCUGGUUUUCCAAGAUUCUUGCUAAUCUGGUUUCCCAAUUCUUGCUGGAACUGGUGCUAGGGUUGAGAGUCUCAAGUCAGACUCUUUACUAACAUUUAUUAAUAUACCUAAUGAGAGCAAUCUAAACCUUCUGAGUUUAUUUUUAGAACAUCUGAAAAGACUGUCAGGUAAAAGUCUGAGUUAAGUGUUUGCAAUGGAUCUGUUGGUUUGAUGAACUCUUAUGAAAUUACCCCAACAUAGCCUGAAAAACAAAAUCAACACAUAAAGAUCCAAGAGACAAAAACAAAAAACCAAAUUUUCAAGGAUCCUGAAAAACCUUUGUCUUCAGAGUGGAUUCUUGAUAGCCUGUGUCACAUGACACACUGUUUCAGAAGACUAAACAGUCAGAAAAAAACAAAAACAAAAUCAAAACCAAAAAAAAUCUGAACUCCAAUGAUGGUAAAAUUAACUAACUAGUGACCAUUUUUAUGCACAAUAUUUUGGUGAACUUCCAUUUCGAUAAGAUGGUUAAACUCCCUACAGUGGAAUUAAGAUUUAGCAUUUGUCUGGUUUUGCCACAUGGCUGGCCCAAGCAACCUGUUUAGUCUCAAGAGUAGUAGAACUUUUUGGAUCCUUACUAACUCUGGUCAUUUCACAUAACAUUUUAAAAUAAAGUCUUCAUUGUCUCUCUAGUAGCCAUUUUACAGGAGAAGACUCUCAAAUCCACAUAAUGAUGUAAAGAUGCCUGAAAGCCCACUUCCUCCAACCCCAGCUAUGUGACUGUCUCCUGCCCAAGAACAGGCACAAGGAGGUAUAAUUUCAGUUUUUGUCCUUAGCUUUUCAACUGACACAGAGCAAAGCAAAGGAUUGAUUGUGCUCAUAGCAGUCCAUAGUUGCUUGGCUCCAUGUUUCUUGGCCUGUAGUUAGGCAAUACAUGAUGGAAUAAGAGCAUGGUAAGGCAGAGCUGAUCAUGCAAUGGCAGACAGGUGGCAAAGAGAGGAAUAAAGAUUUUAUAUAGGUGUGUAGAUUGCUAUGGAGUGAAUACUUAGAACUACAUUAAAAAUACAUAAGCAUUAGUGGCUACUGUUGCAUUAUGCUUUGUAUUGUUUUUAAACUUUCUCUUUUAUUUGCAUAUAUUAAGUAUAUACAGGAAGAGAUUUCUUGAUGACUCCAUAUGUUCAGAUGACAUGUCUUCAUUACAUUCACCUGUCACUCAUUCUUAACCUUCCUUCUCACCUCCAAAUUGUCCCCUUUCUGUUUCAUGUCUUUGUCUCCUCUAACACAUAAAGAAAGAAAAUGUUCCUCUGUGGUGUGUGUAAAAUAUUUUACAGAGAAUGUUUCUUUAUUCAAAUGACACAAUAUCAUUCUUUGUUAUAGGUGAAUAAGACUUCAUUGUGUAUCUACACAGUUCAUUCAUGUGCUGACAAACAUCUCUGCUAAUUCUAUAAUUUAGCUACUAUUACUAGUGCCAUUCUCUAUUUUAAACAGAGAAGUAAAGCAGCGGAGAAUCAUGUGCUUCUUACAAUAGCUAAAGAAACUAGCAAGGGCCUUCUAUUACCACAGAAAGGAAGAGAUGGUCAAGAGGAAGAUAAGCUAAGGAAAAGCACAAGAAAGUAAAUAGGCACACUGUAACAAAGUUUCAAGCCACAUGAUUCAACACUGUUUGAGUCAGUCUCUUAAGGAAAGUAGCUACUGAAAAACUCUGCAUAUAUGAUUUGGAGUGUAGCUAGUGAUACAAUCUUUGCUGAGCAUAUGUGAAACCCUGGCAUGAAAUUUCAGUUUUGGAAAAAAAAUAAAAUUCUGACUAUAAAAAUGCAGGAAGGCAAGGGGGUAGGGGGACAAGUUUAACAGUGUCAAGAGAUGGGCAUAUCAGUUGCAAUUGAGUCUGUGUUUAUGAAAACUGAAACAAUUUAAUUGCCAAUUGAGUCAAGUGUUAAUAUGCGAUCAGUUGUUGACUUGAUAAUAAAAUAGCUCAUUAACCCUGAAAGUUAUUUUUAUGCAUGUGUGUAGUAUAAAUGUUCAAGUGUGCAGGUACACAGGCACAUGGAAGCCAAAUGUUAUUCUCUGGAACACUUCUCACUCCUUUGAAACAGGGUGUUUCAUUAAGACAGGCUGGCUGGCCAGCAAACCUGUUCAGUGAUGAGAUUAUGAGCACACAACACCAUGCAAAGUAUUUUUAUGUGAUUUCUGGGGAUCAAAUUUAGGUUGUCAUGCUUAUGAGCUAAGAACUUGGACUAAGUGAAGUGUCUCCCAGGCCCUCCCUACUAUUUGCUUGUUUAGCACAAAAGUUACAAUAGAAGCUGUCUUCACCCUAAGAUGUACAUCUACAAUGAUAUGCUGUAUAUAGAAACAAGCUUUCUGGCUUUCUACAAGGUUGCAGAGAGUACAAACUAACUAUCUGGGGUCAAUCUACAUAUCUGUCACCUUCCUGUUUUCUCAAAGCACUUAAAAAUUCAUUUUAUGUGGGUUAGUCUAAAAGUUUAUUCCAAUUUACUCAAGAAAAUCCUGUGAUAGUUAUACUUGGUUGUUACCUUGACUAAAUCUGGAAUAAACUACAAUCUAAAAAAGGAAGGCACAUGUGUGAGAAAUAGUCUGCUUGGUUUGAAGUGAGUCCAUCCUUUAAGGUAGAAAGGCACAACCUUUUGAUCCAGAUCUUGAAGCAGAACACCUUAAACUGGGUCACACCUCCUGCUAGAAGCCUAUAUAAGGACACAGAAGAAGGAAACUGUCUUUGCCUGCUUGCCUUUGCCUUGCUAGUAUAUCUAUUUCUUCAGUGGCACUGAAGCUUUCUUCUUUGGGACUCCAACAUAUACAAAAGACCAGCUGAGACACACAGCCUCGUGGGACUGAGAAGCUAUUAGAAUCUUGGAUUUUCUAUUCACACCUGGCCAUUGUUGGGUUAGUUGGACUGCAGCCUGUAAGUCAUUCCAAUAAAUUCCCUUUAUAUAUACAUAUAUGUUCCAUGUAUGUAUGUGUGUUCCAUAUAUAUGUGUGUGUUCCAUAUACGUAUAUUCAUAUAUAUAUAUAUGUUCCAUAUAUGUGUGUAUAUUCCAUAAAUUCUAUGACUCCAAAGAACUCUGAUUAAUACAAUGAUUAAAUCAUAUAUAUGCAUACAGAGGGGACUGUAUAUGAAAUAUAAACAAUGAUUUGGCUACUUCAGUUCACCAAGUGUUCAGUUUUUUUUCUCUAUCCCAAAUUCCUAAGAUGCUUUUAAAUUCUUUUUAACUUUUUCUCCAUUUUACCCAUUCCAUUUCAACUUGCUGGUAAAUUGUUUGAGAAGUGGCAACUCAUGAAAUACUUGGAAAAUUGACAAAGGACAGGGUAGUAUAAUAUCUAGAUUACAUAGGAGUCGACUUAGUAAAGAGAGUAGCAAACAGUUACACAAGAAGAACAAAGGCUUCCAAUACUGGACAGCUGCCCAGGACACAAUAAACACAUCCAAUCAAGGAGAAAAGUGGCAAAUGACUUCUGUCAAGUCACUAUUGUCAAGAGGUUUUUCUGUUUAACACUCUAACAGUGUAUACUGCUUACUACAUAAGAAAGAAAAUCAGGCUGGCCAAAAGAAAAACUGAAAAGAUCUAAAUCAUAAUGUCCGGUAUAUUCUGGCAAUAGGAUCCUGGAGUUUUGCCUUAGUGGCUUUACUAGAUACUCCUUUCUCCUAAAGCCUGAUUUCCUGGUUAUUACUCAACCCAUUUACAUCAGAUUUUAGAAAUAAGCCUUCCUAGCAACAAAUAAAAAUUAGUGUGUGGCUUCUCGACUGAGGAAGUUCAACAGGGAGAACUGGGACAAAAGUCUCUGGAAACAACCACAGGGAACACUGACGAGUCUGCAAGGCCAGUUGCCUGAUUAAAGCCUUCAGUGUUUGUGUAGAGGCUGGAAUGUGACAGGUCCAGGGUCACAUGAUAAUUUAUCUUGGACCAUCAUUAGCUUAAUAGUCAUUUGCUACCACCUCUCUGUGACCUAACAAUUUAAUGGUCCCUGGGUAAGUCUUUUGGAACAGACAAACUAAUAGCUUCCACCAGUAGAACUGCUAAGGAUGCGGUCAACUAUAAUUUGAGAGCUACAGAUUCUGAGACCUAAGAUCUGAGACUUAAAAUCUCCUUGUUCCUUUCACCCCAUGCUUUCACAUUCCCAUCAGUGUAUUUGGAAAAUAAUUUUUGUUGGUCUGUUACCCUAACACCUUCAUAUUGGAACAAAGAACUGGGGAUAACCCAAACCUCACUUAUAUUUGGCUUUAGAAUAAACUCUCUGCCUUUUGAAAAAUACUAGAAUUAAACACUUCUAGUAACGAUUUCUUCCUACCAGUUCAGCUAACCUAGGCUUAUUAAUUCUUCCUUAUUAAACACACCUUUGUAUUAUAAACUGGUCACCAUUUCUGCCCUACUGCUUUGCCACAUUAUAUCCAUCCCACCAGAAAACAUGUUUUUAUUUCUUUGAUCAUUAUGUAUGAUAACUGCAGAAGUCUAUGAACACCAGAGUGCCAUCCAAAGCAAGGUACAGAGCUGACAAAACUGACCCCCUCUGGACACCCAUCUUUCUUUUCUCCCCUUUCCUUCCGUUUUUAAAAACAAAAACAUUUUGCUUCGAGUCUUUAAAGAGCACAUGACAUAGUCGUGUCACAAAACCUGCUAAGUAUUUUUUGACAAACGAUAAAAUACUGCCCCCAGCAGCUCUUAAAUCCAAGAAGGCUCAGCGCUCUUUAACUUUCUCUCGCCUUCUUGUCUUAUCGUUCCCUUUUUUCAUUUGCAGCCAAUUGGGGUACGAAGUAUUUGGGUGGCCUCCUUUCCCUUGUCUGAACCCUAAACCAAGGAGAUGUCAACCACGGAAAAAAACCUGAGCUCCCUGCUCUAGCUUACAGCAGUUGAGGUGAAAGUUCCAGACAUGAAGAGUCUGAUGGGGAGGGGCGGGACUUCCGGGUCGCCAGAGUUCCUUCAGCUAACUCAGGAGCUCUGGCCAAAGGAUCCCGGGGAGCAUACCAGGAGCGGAAACAGGCCCGGAGCGGUGUGGAAGCCGGAAGAGGCUCGCGCGCAGCGGAAGGUGGGGUGCGGGAAGAGGGUCUCAGGACACGGAAGCGCAAGUCAGAGCCAGGGGCUGCGGGCCGGCGAAAUGGCAAAAUGUCUUUUGACUUCAUCUCUGUCUGUAAGAACAAAACUCUUACAAACAGGAGUGUCGCUUUAUAAUACGAGUCAUGGCUUCCACGAGGAGGAAGUGAAGAAGAUACUGGAGCAGUUUCCUGGUGGAUCCAUUGACCUCCUAAAGAAGCAGAACGGCAUUGGCAUUCUGACGCUAAACAACCCCAAUAAAAUGAAUGCCUUCUCAGGUGUCAUGAUGCUACAACUUUUGGAAAGGGUAAUUGAAUUAGAAAAUUGGACAGAAGGGAAAGGCCUCAUUAUCCAUGGAGCAAAAAAUACUUUCUGCUCAGGAUCUGAUCUGAAUGCUGUGAAGGCACUCUCCACUCCAGAAAGUGGAGUGGCCUUAUCUAUGUUCAUGCAAAACACGUUAACAAGAUUUAUGAGACUACCGUUAAUAAGUGUUGCUCUGGUUCAAGGCUGGGCAAUGGGUGGAGGAGCAGAACUUACUACAGCAUGUGAUUUCAGGUUGAUGACUGAGGAAAGUGUGAUCAGAUUUGUCCACAAGGAGAUGGGUAUAGUUCCAAGCUGGGGUGGUACCAGCCGUCUGGUUGAAAUCAUUGGCAGCAGACAAGCUCUCAAAGUGUUAAGUGGGACUCUCAAACUGGAUUCCAAGGAAGCUUUAAAUAUAGGCUUGACUGAUGAGGUCUUACAGCCCUCAGAUGAAACUACGGCUCUAGAACAGGCACAAGAGUGGCUGGAGAAAUUUGUCAGUGGGCCUCCACAAGUCAUUAGGGGUUUAAAAAAAUCUGUCUGCUCUGCCCGAGAACUGUAUAUAGAGGAGGCGUUACAGAAUGAACGAGACGUUUUGGAAACACUGUGGGGUGGACCUGCAAAUUUAGAGGCUAUUGCUAAGAAAGGAAAGCAUACUAAAUAGCCUUUAAAAUGAGUGUAGUACAGGUGAAGCUGCAGGGGAACAUGCAUGGAGGUGAGAUGAUUAGAAAUGAGCUGCGGAAGUCAUUCAAAGGGGACUGCUAAUCUGCGUAGUUGGCUCGGGGGGCCUUCUCCAUAUUGUAAUUCAGUGCUCUGUUGUCUUUCUUAUCAUUUAACAUAUACCAAUUUCUACAUUCCUGUAGUAAUUCUUAGCCCAGGCUUAUGCUUUGUAACAUACUAACUUUUAAGAGAGGGUCUUAAACUUGCUAUGUAGCGCCAAGGGUAGACGUGAAUUCCUGACACUCCUGCUACCGCCUCCCAAACACUUGUUAAUACUGCUGUUUCUGGCUGUUUUGGUCUUUCUUAAGUCGAAAUAAUUUACAAAAGCAAAGUUAAACAAAAUUUAAAAUAACUUAAUAUAUCCUUCAUAGGAAGCAAAAGGCAGGGAGAGACUAGAGAGGCAUGUAAGAAAUAUUAGUUAUUUUCGUGUGUGUGUUCUGUAUACAUAGGAUACUGAUGUGAAAUGGUUCUUCAUUUAAAGAAAAAAAAGGCCCCUCUGUCAUGGGAGUUUUUGUUGGCCUUUUCAACCAUCUGUCUUCUAUUUCAAAAGACCUACUAAACAGUGAAAGCCAUUCUACUGGCUAUACAAAGUAGCAGAGCAUUGGUCUCUGAGAUUUUCAUGUUAAUAGUAAAGCAGUAGUAUUGAUUUAAAGACUCAUGAAGCAUCCUUUUCAUUUUCACCAGAUUUUUGAGCAAUACCUAACUUUUUGUGUGGCUAUCUUUUAAUAACUAAAUUUAAUAGAAACACAUAACCCAAACUUUAUGUCCAUUCCAGAAUUUACUUGUUCCAUAAAAACUGUAUAAGAAUUAACUUCUAACCAGUCUCAACAAGAGGUAAAAGACACUCAAAAUAAUCACCUUUUUGUUGUUUGUUUUCGCACUCUGUUAACGUGAUAAUUCGAAUACAGGGAAUUUAGAAGUGUGUAAAUACAGGACCCCACUUUUUAAAGGAAACACAGGCAGAUGUGUUUUCUCCGGGACAAAUUCUCAAUUCUGUGUUCGCCAGUAUUUCCUCCCUUGUCAAUCCAUAUAAAGUGGGCUUAUUGGUUCUAUAACACUAUGCUUGUAGCCCAGACAGAAAUACCACUGAUGGAGCCUGGUAAAGUAAAUGUAAAUAAAUGAUAUUAGCUGCUUGAGAAAUUUAAA